GCCCCGCCCCGCGCCCGCUCCGCGUCCCGCCCUGUGCGUCUUGCACCGCCCCGGGGGCGGUUCUGGCGAGGCUCCUCAGCUGGGUUGAAGCGCACAGCUGGGUGGGCUAAGGGGCGGCGGCGGUCUGGGAGCUGGGGAAGUUUGGGCCAUCGCUCGCAGUGCUGCGCUUCGAAGCCAGGCUCAAGCCCGGAGAAUCAGCGGGGCGGCGGACCGACUUACCGACGCCCUCGGGCCCGCUGCCACCGUCUCGCGUCCUCUUCCCUGGAAAAGUGUUUAAACUUUAAAAAUGUCAUCCAUCAAGCACCUAGUUUAUGCAGUUAUUCGUUUCUUACGGGAACAAAGUCAGAUGGAUGCUUAUACUUCAGAUGAGCAAGAGAGUUUGGAAGUUGCAAUUCAGUGCUUGGAGACAGUUUUUAAAAUCAGCGCAGAAGAUACACAUCUAGCAGUUUCACAGCCUUUGACAGAAAUGUUCACAAAUUCCUUCUGUAAGAAUGACAUUCUGCCUCUCUCAAACUCAGUGCCUGAAGAUGUGGGAAAAGCUGACCAAUUAAAAGAUGAAGGCAAUAACCACAUGAAAGAAGAAAAUUAUGCUGCUGCAGUGGAUUGUUACACACAGGCGAUAGAAUUGGAUCCAAAUAAUGCAGUUUAUUAUUGUAACAGGGCUGCUGCUCAGAGUAAAUUAGGUCACUACACAGAUGCAGUAAAGGAUUGUGAAAAAGCAAUAGCGAUUGAUUCAAAGUACAGCAAGGCCUAUGGGAGAAUGGGGCUGGCCCUCACUGCCAUGAAUAAAUUUGAAGAAGCAGUUACAAGUUAUCAGAAGGCAUUAGAUCUUGAUCCUGAAAAUGAUUCCUAUAAGUCAAAUCUGAAAAUAGCAGAACAGAAGUUAAGAGAGGUAUCUAGUCCUACAGGAACUGGAUUGAGUUUUGACAUGGCCAGCUUAAUAAAUAAUCCAGCCUUCAUUAGUAUGGCAGCAAGUUUAAUGCAGAAUCCUCAAGUUCAACAGCUAAUGUCAGGAAUGAUGACAAAUGCUAUUGGGGGACCUGCUGCUGGAGUUGGGGGCCUAACUGACCUGUCUAGCCUCAUCCAAGCGGGACAGCAGUUUGCUCAGCAGAUACAGCAGCAGAAUCCUGAACUUAUAGAGCAACUUAGAAAUCACAUCCGGAGCAGGUCAUUCAGCAGCAGUACUGAAGAACAUUCCUGACUUGACCAGGGGCCCUAGCCCAGAAUGCAAAUGGCGAUGGCUCUGAAGUGUUUGCUGUAGAUAGUGGCCAAAACAAAAACAAACCUAAAAAAUAAAUCUGUCUAGACAAUAGGUUUAUCACAAACAGACUUGAACAUAACAUGAUUCCUUCGUAAACGAGUGAUCAUCAGUAACCUUGUUAAGUAAGUGCCAGUACAGCACUUAACUGGACAGGGUUCCAUUUUCAAAUCUUCAUCAUAUUUGUAUACUAGAUUUAAUAGAGUAUAUUUAUUGAACAGUAAGGCUGUUUACUGGUGAAUUCUCUAGCACCAAAUUCCUGUAGGCAAACUUUUUGAAAGGGGAGAUGACUAAGAGGAAAGGUUUCUCAUGCUGAUUUAGGGGAAAUAUACUUGCCACUGAGCAACAUCUCUAGAGAGAAGAAAUUCGUUACUGGGUUUAGCUUUGAUAGUGCAAUCAGUAAUGAAUAGAUGAUAUGAUAUGGACCAAUACUAUCUUUAAUGCUGCUUGUUCUGUUGGGUGAUGAAAUCUUAAGAGUUGGUGGAAAGCAGUAUUCAGUGUUGUUUAGAAAAGCAAAAAAUAGAUGCUGUGAAUGUAUAGAAAGUGAAUGUAGGGUGCUCAGGUUUUUUGCGUAGUUCUUAACUAAUCUUGCCUACAGUUUGGUAUUGAUAACAUUAGCAUGGCCACUUAUGCUAAGUACAUAAUAAAAUACAUUUAGAAACCCUUAAUGAUACUGGUUAGGUCAGUUGUGUAACUAUUCAGUUUAAUUAGCACAAUUUCCCCAGUGGUGACCUUACCAUGGAAACUCUCAAAUAUAUCUACAUUUAAAUAAACCAAUGGCUUGGCCCUUAAGGAUUUUCUAGGUGGCAUUUAAUUAUGUGCCUGUAAACACUGAUUUUUUUAAACUCGGUAAUUAUUUGAUGGGUUAUAAAAAGCAUCUAUCACUAUCACUGCUUGUUCAUGUUAAUCCUCUGCUAUAAUUUGGCUUGGCAUGUCGCUUUUAUGCUUAACCUUAAUUUGAUGUAGCUUAAAUGUAACAGGGGACUUGAAAUAUUUUAUUGAAAUUAGAAUACAUAUUAGUGGAGAGACGUGGCACUAAGUAUUAGUGGAAUGGCUUUAACUAUAGUGAUGGAUGAGACUGUUCUAAUUCCAACUGGAAUUUCUUUGGUUUGUUAUUAUGAAAUUGGUAAGGUUGGCGGACACAUAAAUUUCACAAGUGUUGUGAGAGAAAACUGAAAUAGAAAGUAAUAUAAAAUUAAAUCAGUAAUACCGAUGAUGAUCAGGGCUUUACUAUAACUGUUCUCCUCAAAAGGCUAAUUACUUGGUAUUUUGAAGUUUAAAAGCCAACUUUCCCUUUUUUUCCUUUGUGAGAUUAGAACAGUGGUUCUAUAAUUUCACUGUAAGAGUCACCUGGGGAUUUGUUAAAAAUGCAGAUUCAGGGGCACACUUUUCAAUUUUUAUUUAGUAGGUCCUGUAAUGAGGUCUGGGAAUCACCAUUUCAAAUAGCACACCAAGUGGUUCUGAUGUAGGUCCAAAGGACUCUUAAUUAAUGCAACACUAGAUUAAAGAUUUCUCUCUUUUAGGCCAGCAGACACCUAACUGCCUGGGUUCAGACUACAAGGAAGAGCUACAUGAACCUACAGUUCUGGUCAGAGCAGAGCGGGACUUAAAUCUAAGCUGAGCCUUCUGAAUUAAGUCUCCUAUAUUGCAUCUAAAUCAACUUAAAUUUUCAUGAAGUUAAAUUCAGAUCCUGGUGUUCAAAUGUUACACAGAAUAAAGUACUAACUAAUCAUAGGAAAGUGAUGACUGUGAAAAAAAAAAGCAAAGUUGAUCCUUAAUUAAAA